UAGUGAAUUUUGAUUGGCUGGAAGCGACAGCGGCGGCUUGUAUGUCGGAAGCGGAGAGUUUCUUUGGUCAGUGAGAUCGAAAUGGAGAGAAACGUGAGGAAAAUCACUAUUGCAUCUAAACCGGAAGCUACGUAUUUCCUCCAAAUUGGAUGGGAGAGAGAAUUAGCGAGAGGAUUUAGUGUAACGCUCAGUGAUGGGCACAAUGCAUGGACUGGUAAAGUGUCCAAGGAAGAUUUGUCCAGGGAAGCUGAGGACAUGGAGAUGGAGCGUUCGAAGUAUAUUGAAGAGUUAAAAAAAGCGUUAAUCACUGUCCCGCAGACUGGCAACAAGUAUAGCUUUGAUCUUGUGAAAGAUGAAGAAAAGCCCGAAAUCUAUUGUUUCACAUAUGAGAAAACGUUAAAAAAUAUUUCGUUUAAACUUGGAUCACUCAAACUCAGGAAUGCCCCAGACCCCGCUGAAAUCAUCAAAGACUUAAUUGAUUAUUGCUUGAACUGUGCAACAGAAUUACAUAGUAGAAAUGAACAUCUGCUGAAGGAAAAUGAAAGGCUCCGGCAGGACUGGAAUCACAUGCAUGAACAGCUUGACAAAUCUGUGAACAGCAAGGAGGAACUGGAACGAAAUCUUUACACUAAAUUUACAUUGGUGUUAAAUGAGAAGAAAGCAAAAAUUAGAAGUCUUAAUGAAAAGUUGUCACAGACUGAACAAAAGGUGUCAGAGAAAAGCAACAGUUCCCUUCCGUUUGACACUCUCCCUAUUGCAGACUACAAUGGCUCAACAGAUGAGGAAAGCUCAGAGGUUAAGGAAGAGCCUGCUCCACUAUCAAUAUCCAGACGGCGAUCUCUUUUAAGCAGCCCUGAUGAUUCUCCAGAUAUUGCUCCAAGCAGAAAGCGAAGGCAACGGGGACAAAAAGAAUAUUACACGCAAAUGAAGGAUAAGAUUUCACAAAUUGAAGAUCAAGAGGACCCAAGAUGUAAACCAGCCUCUUCAAAGACAACUGGCAAAAAUCCUUCAUCAGUAAAUCCUCCUUUACCAACAUCAGAAAACUCUCCAGAUCCCGAUGACCUUUUUAGUGACAUUUAGCUAAAACUCUAAUCCACUUCUGUUUAAACAAACAGAUCUGGAAAAAUUAUUGUGUGAUAAAUGUGCAUACGGUAAUUCCUAAAAAUGGAGCACUUGUUCCACAGAGCGGCUGAGUGUUAGUAGAAGAAUCAGGAUCUUCCAGGUAUUUUGCAGCUAUUUGAGAUAUUUUUAUAGCCUCCAUGUCAAUGUCUUUUAUUCUGGAAUAUGAGCUUUAUAUUCAGAGAAAAAGUGAAAUAAAUAGGUUUAUAAAGAUUGUUGACUGGUUU